AUGAAUUCCAAAGAUUACAGUAUUUAUUUGAAUAUAUUUCAUAGUUCAUAGAAUGCUAUACUUAAGUCAACUUAAAAAGGAUUAUUUAGAAUAAUGCCUAUCCAAAGAAUAAGAGCCAGAUUACGAAUUGAUCCAUGUCAUUUCCAUUAUUGAAUCAAAUCAAAACUCAAAUUUAGACUUAACUUUAGUGAAAGCAACAUCAUUACUAUUGAUUCUACCAUUACUUAAGGUAAAUUAUGCUAUUAUCCGGUCAAGGCAGUGUCAAAAUCAAAUUGACUAAAUUACCAUCACAUCCCAAUAAGCCCAAUAAUUGAAAGACAUCCUUCCUUAGUUCAUCGAAGAAAGCAAUCUCGACAUCCAAAUACGUAAGAAGAUUCCUUAAUUGGAUUUAAAUCAAAUCAAUUCGUCCACCAGCAAUUUGAUUUAAUCUUCUUAGAGAUAAAAUAAACUAUAAAAAUCACCAUCAUAAUAUUAAUUCAAUACAGAUCGUUUGUAAAAUCCUUAAAGUACAACAAGAAUAAAAAAAUAAUUAUUACCAACUACUAUUACUUAAUAAACUUAACCUAAAUCCCCAAAUACUAAAAUAGUGAAUGUAAAAUUGAAAAAAUAACAUACGGAAGUAGUAGGAAAAUCAUUAACACAUAAAAAAAGAUUAUAAUUAUAAUCACAUGAAGAUUUAAAUAGAAAAGUUAGUUCUCAUAGUUUUACUAAACAUAAAAAUACUAGCAGUUCACCAAUUAAUGAAACAACUAAUAUUUAAAGAUAAGUUAGUCAAUAUGCUACUGGUCAAACAUAAUUAAAAUCUAAUUCUUCAAAUGCUAAUAUUCAAAUCAAAGCUUUAUUGGAAUCUUAACAAAGUUAAAAAACACUUAAUACUACUGUAAAUCCUAGUGAUUAAAAUGCUGAUAUUUCAAUCCAUUUAAAAAAUCUAAUAAGUUUUUGCAAUUAAUCAAUAUUAAAAAAGAAUUAAGAAUGUUAUAAUUCAAAAAAAGAUUUAUAAACUUAAUAAACUAAUUCUAGUAUUUUAUAAGUUAAAGACAAUAAAGAGAAUACUUAACCAAUUAAAAAAUCUACUCCUUUAUUAAAAGCUACAGAACAUACUAUGAUUAAAUUGACUGAAUUGUCAGAGGAAGAUAAUCCUGAAACAGCUAGAUUUAAUUCAGAUGAUGAUGUUAGAAAGAUGACAAAUUUUAAUAGUAAAGGAUUAUAAAAAUUAUUAUAAUCAAAAACUAAUCAAUUAUCAGAAUAGAGCUCAACAUAAUCAUUACUUUCAUUAUUUUAAAGAAAAUGA